AUGUUAUCUACUGGGCUUUUAUUUAUCUUAACUGUUUUGAAUAUCGUUGUUCAUUACUUGCGGAAACAUCAGGAAGAAGGGCAUGGUGAGAGGAAGGUAUCAUCAUCUUGUUUGUCCUCUGAUCACCUAUGCCGUCGCUUUUCACUUUGGCAAAUCAAACUGGCGACCCACAUUUUUGAUGCGGCACUGGUUAUCGGAAAAGGAGGGUUUGGAAAAGUAUACAAAGGUACCAUUGACCAUGGAUCAACAACUGUUGCCAUCAAACGGUUAAAUUUUGAUUCCAACCAAGGAUCUGCUGAGUUUUGGGCAGAAAUCGAGAUGCUUUCAUUGUUUCGGCAUAGUCACAUAGUCUCUUUAAUAGGAUAUUGUGAAUCCAGUCAAGAAAAGAUCCUUGUUUACGAAUAUAUGCCCCAUGGAAGCCUUCAGGAUCAUCUGCGUGAAAGACGAGAUGGGAGAAGUGGUCCUCAGUUAACAUGGAUUGAACGUCUCAAAAUAUGCAUUGGUGCAGCACGUGGUUUGGACUACCUGCACACUGUUACUGGUGUUCGACACAGAGUCAUCCAUCGUGACAUCAAAAGUUCAAACAUCCUAUUGGAUGAUAACUGGGAGGCUAAGGUUUCUGACUUUGGUUUGUCCAGGAAUGGGUCCAGAAAUCAUUCAUGUACCACAAAUGUUUAUACCAAUCGGAUUAGAGGCACAUUUGGCUAUAUGGAUGCCGAGUACUUCUUAACUCACAGGCUGACAAGAAGGUCUGAUGUGUAUGCAUUUGGUAUUGUGUUAUUUGAAGUUCUGUGUGGGAGACCUGCUGUAGACCUCAGACUGGUCGAGGAGCAACGUAGUCUUGCUGGAUGGGCCAAAAACAUUAAAAAAGGAAAAUUGGAUCAAAUUCUCGAUCCCUGUUUAGGAGAGCAAAUCGUGCCUGAUUGCUUAAAGGAAUUCAGAGAAAUUGCCUACAAAUGCCUUCUGAAUCGUCCAAAGGAGCGUCCUACAAUGGCAGAGGUAGUAGCGAGGCUCGAGUUAGCAUUGAGUUUACAAGAAGCAUCAACUCUUAAGUUGCAGGCAAAGCUUGUCACCACUAGCAGAGAAGAUGAUGAAGAAGAUGUUGGAAGCAUCAAUGAAGGCCGUGUUAGUUCUCUGAGUGACGCUGUUAUUGUUUCUACAGAGCAGAUAAAAGUUCAUGCCGAUAAACGCCCGGCAACAUCUUCUAUCAGGCAUGGUGGAAGAGUGCCAUUUAUUAAGAAAGCAUGGUCAUUGUUCUCUACCCUAACUCCAGCCAAUACUGGACGUAAAAGUUUGGAAGCCUGGAGAUUUGCCUUUAACACAAUAAAGGUUGCAACUGGUAACUUCUCUAAUGCUAAUGCGCUUACAAGUGGAGAUUAUAUCUCUAUCUAUAAGGGCAUACUACAAAAUGGCCAACAGAUAGCUGUCAAAAGGCUUACUCGGUGUGAAUACACUGACAUUGGGCCUAUAAACCAGUUACUAUGGAGGUUGAUAAAACUUCAGCAUAGGAAUGUGACCCGGUUCAUGGGUUUUUGUGUGGAGGGUAAAAAGAUGUAUCUUAUACAGGAAUUCAUGCCCCGUGGAAUUCUGAAGGAUGAACUAGUCUUUGAUGGAUUUAGAGAGUCUCUGAUGGGAUGGUUCACUCGUUACAACAUCAUAGUAGGCCUUGCUCAUGCUCUUCUGUACCUUGAAACCGAAUUACCUCUUACCGUACCUCUUAAUCUUAGUAGAGAAAACAUUCUGUUAGAUGAACACUUCAAUCCAAAAAUACCAAGCUGGGCUGUGGCAGGGCUUUUAUCUUCGUAUGAUUCCCAAACAUAUCUCAUUCAGGAGAUCAUGUCUAACAACUUGAAAAAUAGUACCUACACUGCCAUAGGUAAGCCAGCACUUUUACCUACACUUGCUAAUGCUAUUGUUCCUAUUCCUAAGAAAGUGAAUAAUAGAUUUUUAGAAGAGAAAAGAGCUAAGGGUAAAUGCUUUUACUGUGAUGAGAAAUUUACCUUUGGGCAUACUAGAGUGUGUAAGGGAAAAAUGCAAUUAUUUGUAGUUGAAGUAGAGGAUUGGCCAUCGGGGAGAUAA